CAUUAGAAUAUGACCGGGGCAGUGGUUGUCCAAAGCAGCAGAGCAGGCACAUCGCGAUGGCUCGCGUUUAGUAUCGAUGUCAAUCAGGUAUCACAGACCACUGCUGUACCUCAGUUACGGGUCGGAUAAACUGUCAUACCUGGAUUAUUUGUCAAAGAUGGAAACAUAAAUUAUUGAUGAAAAAAAAUAUUUAAGGGAAGCGAAGUCGUACAAACUAACGAUUCUUUAAAAAUCAAGAUUCCUCUAAAAUGUUGGUGUUGACUAUAAAGACCACCCUCUGACUCCAGCAAUCUAAGAGUGUUAUAAGGGCAGUCAUGGAGAGGGAUGAUAGUGAGGCAGCACCUGGUUCCAUCACCACCACCACAUCAUCAGCACCCACUGGCACCCCAGCACCCAACAUGUUUGUCUGUACCCAGGCAAACCCCACACCACUGAGCACCCAUUUCGCAGACAGGAAGGCUGUCCAGGUGAUCCAGCAGGCAAUACCCAAGCCUGCAAAUGUGACCACUCAAUACCUACAGCAGGCAUAUGCAGCACAGCAACACCGUAUUAUGGUGCAGACUACGGCUGUGCAUGAGCACCAGCAACCAACUGCCCUCACUACACACAGCCAUGCCUCUGUCCAUCAGGUUUCACAAUCUAAUAGUGGGCAAUCCACCUCACCACCCCCAGCGUCAAAUGGGAGUGCAGCACAGACAUCACCAAUAAGACAGUUCCAGGCCACCCGCUCAUCUGGCUCUGCAGGAGCAAUAGGCCAGCAUACCAUGUUGCUAGGCAAUAGCUCUUCCCCUGGGAGUCAGGCCCAGAUGUACCUGCGCACUCAGAUGGUGAUUCUGGCACCUGCUGCCUCAGUAAGUGCUGAUCCACCUGCUUUGACCUCAGUGUCCUCCCAGCCAGGCUCCACACAGGUUUCAAGCUUAUCCAUGUGCACGCAUCUGCCAGGAGCUCUUACUGCUGCUCCAAGUGUUCAUCUUAAAGUUACCUCUCAGGGCCAGUCACUCCCCAAAAUGUCCCUAUGUCCCCUGAAGUCAACACAUCUGUCCCAAGCCCUUGUGGAAACUUCUAGCAUGUUCACUCCGAUGCAGUCCCAUGCUGUGGUGCGCCAGCAGUUGCACUGCACUCCCAGCACCAAGGUGGCAGCACCGCAGCUCAUCCUGCAGAGCAGCACAGCUCACAGGCAGGUGCAACCAAUUGCCUUGCAGGUCACUCCACAGGAUAGGGGGCCUCCUCCCCUCUCCUCGCUUACCCACACCACACCUGCCCCUGCUGCUCUCUUAUCACAGCACUGUGAAGUCCUCUCAGUGUCCACCCCCUCCGACCAACCAGCCAAUCAAAGCUCUGUACAGCAACAAGCUGUGGUGUCCACUUCCACACUUCCUCCAAGCUGUUCUGCUCUGUUAGAUCCUCCAUCCCUCCACCUGGGCCCAGUGGUGGAGCCUCGGGCCCAGCCUCUGCCCCUUAGCUGCCCUCCUCCCCACAACAUGGCCUUUCCCAGGCUGGCUGUCCCUCCUGCCUCUCUGCAGAGACUCUCCCUGCGCUCUGUACACACUAUAGCUAUGCAGUCCGACAACAUACUGGUCCCAGACAAUGAGCUACCUGGAGCUGAUGCUUUUGUUCAGCUGCCCUUCCAGAAUCUUUCACCUCCACAGACUGUGGCAGUGGACCUGAAGGUGCAACCACCAACGCAGAAAGAAGAUCCUUCAUCAGAGGCAGUCCAACUGCUAAAGGAGGAGGAGCAACAUGCGGAACAGGUGCGGGGGGAGCAACACACAUUUCCCCCCAAGAGCGGGACCCCCACACCUUCAACACUGCCCUCUCUAGCAGAUCUACAGACUUGCUGUGACAGCCUGAUACACUCAAAAGACUGCACAGGCCUGGUGGAGCACUCCUGCUUGCAGUCCAGCAGAUCCAUGAUCCAGUUACCAGAAGAGCCUGCACUCAACAGCAUCCCCCCAUCCCAACUCUGUGCUGCGGUAAGAAGUUCCAGCAGGCUCCCUCCAGCCAGCCUCCCAGCGAGCCCGGAGGGAAAGCCCUCUCAGGCCACCAUUAGACCCCACAUCCUCACACACCUCAUUGAGGGCUUCGUCAUCAGAGAGGGGCUGGAACCGUUCCCGGUGGGUUGCACGUCUCUGGAAAACCAGCAACAACCCAGGUUGCCUCAGGACAAAAAGCUCCCAGCAAAUGCAGCACCAGCCUGUCAUGACUUACUCAUGGACACAGAGCAACCAGCAUCAAACAUAGAUAACAUCACUGCUGAGGAUGAGAGACUGAUGGAGAGUUUGUCAGAUGAACUGCAAUGUGAAUUCUGUGCGAAGAGGGGCUAUGCUCAUUCAUUCCUCCGCUCCAAACGCUUCUGCUCCAUGACCUGCGUCAGAAGGUUCAAUGUGAGCUGUACAAAGCGCCUCAGCAUACUAGGGGACCAAAGAGUGAAGCGCUGGCCAAACAGACCCAUGAGCCGUAGAGGGCGUCCACCCAGUCAUGUCAAGCAUAACUCACAGAAUCACUUCCUUAUGCAGCUUCAUGGAUCCUAUAGACCUGACAAUACGAAGCAACCAGCCAACUCUGUAUCCCAGCGUGGAGGGAAGGAGAGUGAGGAAGAAGACUCUCCAGGUCCCAUGACGACAAGACUGCGUCUGCAGGCAGACAGAAAGAGAAGCCAGGAACAAGGAAGUGGGGACAUCUGCACCAGCUCCACCUGGCUGUCAGACUCCUCCCCUACACAGUGGAGUGUGGAACAGGUCUGCUCCUAUAUCAGCUCUUUACCAGGAUGCCAGGACAUGGUGAUGGAGUUCCGAUCUCAGGAGAUUGAUGGCCAAGCCCUGCUGCUACUUACAGAAGAGCACCUCAUGAGUGUCAUGAAUAUCAAACUGGGGCCAGCACUGAAGAUCUGUGCUUAUAUCAACUCCCUCAAAGAGGCUUAGGUAUUGGACCUUCCCAGUAUACUUCCCUGAGAAAGUCAUCAAGGGGAUUUCUGAGGUCUGAAGUAUAGUCUCCUCCAAUAUUGUUUGAUUGAAAAAGAUUGAUGGAACAGGUCAUGGGGAUAAGUGUCAUCUUAAACCCAUAAAUAUCUAGGCCACAUGGGCAGAGAAUGAGAUUAGCCCAGGUAAAGGUGACUCAAGUGUCACACACGUCCGGUUACACAAGGUCUAUAUGAAGGGUGGGACCUUUUUGGACAAUAUCCAUGGAUAAGAAACACAUCAUUAACCUUAGCCUUAGCACUUGGUUUUUGACCAGGUGUGAUGUAAAAGGUAACAUCAUGCAAACUGGUAAAUUUCAUUAAUUGUGAUUAAAAUGUCAAAUACAAUCACUGGUAAAUAGCAGUCCCUUCUUGGUGCAGUAAGGAUUGUAAAAGCACUUUUCUGACCAAACACUCACUUAUGUGCUGCAAUGUAGGUAAAAAAAAAAAAAGAAAGAAAAGAAAAAAAAAAAAGUUGUUUGUAUAAGACUUAAAUAGAUGAUUUUUUUUUUUUAAUCAAGUGUUUGCACACUGGUAUGUCUACUGUAAAUUGAAAAAUAAAGAUUUGUUGUUAAGUAACCUUCAGGUUUGUACAACUCCUAAACAUUUUAAUUCAACAACAAAUGGAAAUACUAUUGCAUUUUAUUUUCCC